CAUAAACUAAAAUUUAUAGCGGGAUAGCUGUUAUGUAAGCAAGAUAUUAAUGAGCAUUCCUUAAUGAUUAAAACACUAUGUAAAUAUUAUGAAUAUAUAAUUAUUUUUUAUGUAUCAAUCAAACAAAAAUAUCAUAUAAAUCUUCCAUAAUGAUUAUACACUACAUAAUCCUUAUGUAGGGAUAAUUAUUCAUUAUGUAUCAGUUAAAUAAACAGAUGACGUAUGUUAUUCGUAAUGUUUACUACACUACGUGAAACUUAUGUAGGUAUCCAAUCCAAAUAAUUUUGUGAAUUAUUCAUUUUCAACUAAAUUAUUAAUUUCUUAACGCGACGGAACGCGGAACAGAAAACUAGUAAUUAGUCAAUAACAAUGACUACAUUGAAUUUGAAUAAGUUGAAAUUCAACUCCGCUACACUUUCAGUGUCACUCAUCUUUGAUAUCAUUGACUUAAUCAAUGCAACACCCUCGAACUUUCUGGGAGCAUAAGGACACAUCACCCCUGGCCAACUUCCUCCCCUAUUUCCUACUCUUUCACUUAGUUGCAAAAUAAGAUAGAAAAGUUUGCACAAAAUUUCCACAGAAUUGGUCUAUAAAAAAUCGAAAGUUGACUCAAAACAGAGCUCUGCGCUCUGCCACUGAAACACAACAAAGCAACUACUGCCCACCUAACAUACUGCUCUGCUUCUACUCCCAAUUUUGCAACCAUAUCCAAUCAUGGACCCAACAUCAAGAAUCACCCUCCGCCCCUUCAAGCUCACCGACGUCGACGACUUCCUCAAAUACGCCGGCGACGAAACAGCAACCCGACACAUGAGAUGGAACCCCAUAACUUCCAGAGAAGAAGCGUUGACCCACCUGGAAACCGUGGCCAUCCCCCACCCAUGGCGCCGAUCCAUCGGCCUCCUCGACGACGACGAAGAUCGGUCCAUCGGCUACAUCUCCAUUUUCCCCGGUUCCGGCGACGACCGCAGCCGCGCAAACGUCGGGUACAUCCUGGCGGCAGAGUACUGGGGGCAGGGGAUCGUCACGGCCGCCCUCAGAAUCGCCGUGUCCACCGUCUUCGCCGACCUCCCGGAAGUCGUGAGGCUGCAGGCGCUGGUGGAGGUCGAGCACAGGGCGUCUCAGAGGGUGCUGGAAAAGGCAGGGUUCUUGAGAGAAGGGCUGCUCAGGAAAUAUGGUUACUGUAAAGGUGAGAUCAGGGAUCUUUUCAUCUACAGCUUACUGUCCACGGAUCAACGGCGGAUCUAGUGGCCACGGCCUAGCCCUCUCCAUCUUUUUUUAAAUGCGGCCCAGUGCUCUAAUCUGUUCUAUAUCUACCGCUGCCAUGGAUGAUCCCGAUUUUCUCUCGAAUGAUUAUUAGAAGGUUGGGAAGCGAAAGAGAUCGAUGGUGGUUAAAAUGGUUGUGCUGCUGGUUUUCAGUCCAAGAUUUCAAGUUCGAAUUCCAGGGAAGUUUACUAGUAUAUCUUGAAGAAGUGUAUCAAUAAAAUUUCGAUUCAUCUAUCAUCCUCCUUGCUUGCUCUACAUUGAAUGUUGGCCACUUUUAUUUGUACCAAUUCAGCUGUUGGGAAUUGGGAUGAACCUGAGAAUAAGUUUCAACCCACCUGACAAACGUAUGCUCUCAACGACCAACGCUGUGAAUCUAUCCACCUUCGCCGGAUCUCAAGUACCCUUCUGAUCGUCGGCGAUGGAAAGCUUCCCGACAAUCGAAUCUCCCAAUUCGAAUAACUUGAAAUAGAAACUAGCCAGUACAGUUAGGACUGAAAUUGGGCCAUAUCUGCGUAUGAUAUGUAAGAAUUCUGUCUGACCCGUCUCUGUAGAGUCAAUUAGAAAACUAAAUCGUCUCGACUCUAGUUUUUUUUCUUGAUUUUUUGGGACCUUUUAUGGUCAGGCCAAGUCAGUGAAUUGAUUCAAAUCAAUCUAACAUACUAAUUUUUGAAAAUUACAUUUUGGUACCCAAGCUUUUUUUAUCAAUUUAGUAACCAAACUUAAUUUCUUUUACAAACAAGUCCGGAAAUUUUUGUGGAAAUUAUGUUUUAGCACCUUUAUAUUUUUUAUUUUGCAUUAUAGAACCUAAGCUUUUAAAACUUUACAAAUAGAUCCAAUGUGUUGGUAUGAGUUAUUUAAUUCCAUAUAACUAGUCGUUGCUAUAGGUUAAAGGACCAAAAAGUGACACCACCCUAAGUUGACCCAACCCUACCUAAUUCUUACAAGCCAAAAGAUGACCUGACCCUAAACGGGCCCUGUAGAGUGUAGACAACCAAACCUAGUAUGACUAUUAGAUUCCUAGGUAUAGCUAUAUGCAUUAUGAUAAUAAGUUUAUACUCAUUCCAAACACCAAGAUAAGAGAUGUUGGACUAAAAAGUUAAUAGAACCAGUCACUUAUAGUUUGCAAAACAUAUUCUUGUUUUAUGAUAAUUCUGAAAAAUCAUUAUUAAUUUAAGAAUUAUUAUCUCUUUUGCAUAUUCAAUACUUCAAUUCGAUUUGCAAAUCAAACAAUGAUAUAUUAGUUGCCGUUAAGGUUAUCCUUCAUGUAUAAAGUUAGACAAGAUUCUGAAAUGCUUAUUAAGCCCCAAUUAAAAUAAUCCAAAUUUGAAAAUAAAAAAAGAUGACCAAGAAAUCUCAUUACCUUGUUAUUGCAAGCAAUUCCUGCAAUGCCUACCUACUCGUCAUGUUUUUGUUUUGACGAAUCAAUCGCAAUUGGCCUCCAAUUAUUCCUGGUCUCGGCAUAUAAGGAACACUUAAUACAGAGUUAGGAGCACUAUUAAUUGUGACAAUUUAAUCGUCUUACUCUACUAAUUUUUUUUUAGGAAUACUCAACAUUUUUUUUUUUUUUUUUUUUUUGCAUUGGAGGAGGCUAACGCCAAGAAAGGAGAAGGGAACUUGUAUUCUGUUUUCUCUAUUACUGGGCUCAGUUAAGAGAGACAUGCAGAGAAAGAAGCUGAGUUCCAAAGGACUCUUCCACUCAUCAUUCACUGCACUAUAUAAUUUUUUUUUUUUUUGCAUUCUAGGAGGUAAAAGCCAAGAAGAGAGAAGAGUUACAGGGGUGUAGGGGAAUGGGAACACUGCACUAUAUAAUUAAUGCUAACGUAGCACACACCAAUGAAUAUUCAGCUCACUUUUGCACCAAACAUUACUACAAUUAUCCUAAUUCUAAAAGAGAAAGUGUUGACGCCUAAAAUUAAUUUGGCCUAAAUUAAAUGUCGCAUUAAAAAACAGUGUCGUUU